UAUAUCCUGGUGGCAAUUGGCUAGAAUUGAGCGGGCGCGAGCAAACAUCGCCACUGGCACAUUGCCCAUUCCGACCUGUCUUCAACCAAGUUGAAGGCAGUUUCGAAACAUGUUGUGGCGUGUUUACAUACUCACGCUAUGCGUGCUUACAACAAGUACCUCGCAGCCGGAUGAGGUCGCCCCACACAUAAUUAAGACAAGAAGCAUUGACUUAAGCAAUGCGCACAGUCUGGCUAUGGAGACUAGACUCGAGAAGAGUGUACUACCUACUGGUUACAAUCUUAGCUUGGAGCCGCGUAUUGAAGACGCGGUGUACGAAGGUUAUGUGGCCAUCAACUUGACGUGGGCGUCGGAAACUGAUGAGAUUACACUCCACGUCUCCCCUGAAGUGGAAAUCAUGAAUACAACGGUUAAAAUAUGGCUUGAGGACUCUAUGGAAUUCCGCGAGUUACGUAUAAAGGACAUUGACCCAGACACAAAAAAGUCUACGAUAUUGUUCCAAGUCGAGAGAAUGCUUCCGACAGACACAAAGGGAGUUAUUGAAAUGACAUUUAAAGGAAAAAUGGAAACCACAACUAGUGAGGGUUUCUUUAAAUCUACUUACAAGACAGAGCAAGAUCGUGAAAGAACGGUGGUUGCAACACAGCUGCGACCUAAUAACGCACGGCGCGUGUUUCCCUGCUUCGAUGAACCAGAGUUCAAAGCGCCAUUCGAUGUCAGCGUGGUCCGACCCUGGAACAUGGUGGCUCUCAGCAACAUGGAGACUGACAGAAUAGAAAAUAUCACGGGAGAGCCGGAUGCUGUGCGUGUUUUCUUCAAGCGUUCGCCGCCGAUGUCUACUUUUACACUCGGUCUUGUAAUUGCUGAUAUCGAUAAGCUUUGCAAUUUCACUAAUUUUGACGACGGUUCAUCCAAUAUUACUAUACAGUUCUGGGGUCGCGAGGGAUAUAUGGAAGUUUUGAACGAAGCUCUGUUCAAAAUAAACUACAUAAUGAACGUAAUUACUAGAUACGAUUGGCCGGCUUUGCCGAUAUCCAAAUUGGACAUCGUCGCAUUACCCAACUAUCAAGGCGUGAAACCAGCUGAUAAUUGGGGCCUUAUCGUGUUCAAGGAGAGUGAUCUGAACAACGAGGGCUACAUCCAGCUCGCACAGGAGGUGAUGCACCAGUGGCUGGGCGGGCUGGUGACCCCCGCCUGGUGGUCUGAUGCUCACAUCAAUAAGGCCCUUGUUGGAUAUUUAGCUGUCGAAGCUGCUUUUAUGAUAAAUGGUGGUUGUGAGAUGGACGGCAAAUGGCCCAUGACUGUGCUUUAUUCCUUGUACUAUGAAUAUAGCAAACGCUAUCCACACUCCAGGAUAACAGGCAUGAAGCAGGAGACGAUGAGCACCAAGAUAGAGUUGCUCUUCCGCAUGUUCAAUUACACGCUUGGUGAGAAUGUGUUCAGGAGUGGAGUCAGGAAGUUCCUGAAUGAGAGGGCAUAUAAAACAUUUGAUAGCGACUUUCUCUGGCACUGCCUCAACGCGGAAUACGCAAUCUCCACCAGAGAGCACCAGAUUGAUGUAAAAACUAUUGCCCAGAGCUGGAUCGAAAAGGACAGACUACCUCUUCUUACAGUUAAAAGAUUUUACAAUAAUCGUACUGCUAUUGUAAAACAGAAAUUGUACCUACGCGAGCGUCCUCACGACGUGCCGGACGCGGAGCAGAUGCUGUGGUGGAUCCCCCUGAUUGUGUCUCGCGGAGACGAGAAUUACUACUUCCCCAAUCUGCUGACUUGGAUGAGAGGACCCCAAGAUGAAAUAGAACACGCGCCAAAUGACGAUAUCUUUUUAGUAGUAAAUCCUGAAGAAAUUGCUCCAUGUCCGGUUAAUUACGAUCAGCACAAUUGGUACCUCAUCUCGAAUUCCCUUCAGCACGACAAGCGGGAGUUGUUGGCACCGCUCAGCCGGGCCAAGGUCCUCCAUGAUGCUUGGAACCUCGCCUUCGCCGGAGAACUCUCCUUCGCCACCGCUCUCAACAUGACGCUGUUCUUGAAGAGAGAGAAACAUCACAUUGUGUGGGACCCUGUGUUCACAAUGAUCGAUCACAUUGCUAGACACGUUUGGGAUAUACGAGACAAAUUUAAUGCUUACAUCAUAAGUCUACUGCGUCCGAUGUACGAAGAAUUGGAAAAGAAAAAAGAAGCUGAAGAAUUGAAGAACUCUCAAAAGAAUUUGAGGGCCCACUUAAAGACAUUCCUCUGUCAGGCAGGGUACGAGCCUUGCAUACAAGAAGCGCAAGAACAAUACAGAAAGUGGAUGAAUGCACCGAAUCCUGAUGAAGGCAAUCCAGUAUCUGAUAGAUAUUUCUGUCCCGUGUUCCGUUGGGGGACACAAGAGGAAUGGGAGUUUGGACUACAAAGAGUUAUCAACUUCCCUCAUUCUCGAAAACAAAGCGAGAGAACAUACCUUUUAAAAACAUUGGCAGGAUGUUUGAGAGACAAGACAAAGAUAAUGAGGCUUUUAAAUAUAACUCUUUUAGAAGGGAAUGGUAAUUUUACUGAAAUGGAUCUGUUCCUUAUCAACAAUAUGUUUGCUAAUUCACCUCAAGCUUAUACCACGCUGUUGCUAUUUAUAAGUGAUCAUUGGGACGUCAUAAGGGAGAGAUAUAAUACUAAAUCUAAUCUGUGGUCACAUUUGAUAUCAACUGCGACGUCACACUUUACAACAGAAUCAGGUCUAGAAUUAGUGAGAAGUUUGCACACAGCACAUAAAGGUGAGUUCGGUCCGGCGGAGCAUAUCGUCGAAAAGUCCAUUAAAAACAUCAAAGAAGAAUCCCAAUGGUCAGCUCAGAACUUGCCUGUCAUGGAAAAAUGGCUUGAUGAUUAUUUACGUGUGAAUGGAAUUACUGUUGAAUCAAAUCAGUAACUUUUAAUAGAAUAAUUAAAUAUUUUGUAAAUUAAAUA